CGGCCGGGGCAGACCUCAGUCCCCUCUGCCGGCCUGCCACGCGCGGUCGCCCCGCCGCUUCGCCUCCCAGCAGUGGAGUCUCAGUGUGCCACGCGCCCGGGCCCGAGCCUCGUCCUUAGUCCCACCGCGACGCCCUGCCCCAUGCGACGCCGGAUCGAGCGCGUCUGCUUCAAGUUGGUCAAGUCCGCCCUCGUCGCCCUGCGCGCGUACUUGCGCAAGUGUUCAGCUGCGAGCAGGACGCCGUCAUGGAGACUGACAGGCUGACGCAGCUGCAGCAGGUGCAGGUGGUGCCGGCGCAGCAGGUGGCCGCCACCGAGCUUGCACCCUUCCCCAAAAAGUGCACCAUCAGCAAUCUCGUCAAGAGGCCGCCCGUCAACAUCGAGUUCCACGACCUCAAGUUCACAACCCACAACGCCAAAGGAGAGACGAGACAUAUUCUGAAUGGCAUUUCUGGUCGAUUUCUGUCGGGGGAGCUGUCAUGCAUCCUCGGACCGUCCGGCGCGGGGAAGACCACCCUAAUGAACAUUCUAAUCGGCUACCUGUGAGUAUGAGUCGUCGUGCGGCUGCAGUUUGCAGUCGGCCUGCUCUCUAUGCCAACCUCGUCUUUAAUUAGCAUCUGGGAACAUUACUCUUAAAAUAGAAGUGUGUGACGACAUUCAAACACUUAAAUGUACGGGCCAAAAUGUCACACAAAAAAAUGAGUGUGCGAGUGCGAACAUUUUGUCAUGCAUGGAAAAGUUGUGUGACCUGGAUGUCUCGCACUUAUGUCGGUAGAGUAUUUUUAGUAGUAACAUUUGGGCAAGAGGUAAAAGGAUUAACCUUGGCUUUCUCAUGUAAAAUUUAAAUUGGAAUCGAGAAUAGUCUCUUGUUUGUCUUUAUUACUCGCAGGAAUAGGCUCGUGUAAAUAUUUGCCAAGCGUAUUGAGUUUUGCGCACUCGCGAAU